GCUAAUAUUUGUCAGUAUAACAUUUUCUCUAAACCGAGUAGCCUGGAAGGUUAAGCAUAUAGCUAGGUAUGGUUGUUUUCCUAAUCUGUUGCAUUAGACCCAAGCAAUAUAACUGAACUGGAGAGGGAUUUAGUUUUAAAAAAAAGACUUGACGACCGAGACAUUCACCUUGAAAAAAAGGACUUUGAAGAUGGGUAACCGACAAAAUGUACAAGUAAAGCUUCCACAAAACGACGACGAAACUGAAACAAGACGACAGAACUUGCAAAGUACUAGAAAUAAAUAUCAAUUACAGCAGCCAACGUUUGGAUUAACAGAUCUCGAACAAAGACUCGUAAAUAUUGUCAAUUUACCACCAAUGCUACGCGAAUUUCCAAAAGAAGAGAAAAGGUCUUUCUAUUUCUCGUUCUUUAAUGGACUUCGGAUUAUUUCCGGUGUGAUUUACAUGUUGAUAUUUGGCCGAGGAAAAUGGACAAUACAACAAAUGAUACGGCAUUUCAGGGAUUCUAAAGUAAUAAAAGAACCCAAGGGAUGUGAAGUGUGGAGAAAGGAAGAAGUAGACAGACCAAAUCAAACCCAAUCACAAAGGGCCCAGGCUGAUCAUUGGUUUGCCUGGCAAAGAAUGAAUGGGCUAACUCGCAAUCUUAUCAGAAAAGUCCAAACAAUUCCUGAACAAUUUGUCCCAUUUGUAAAUAUCAUCGAGGAAAACCAUCCCUAUUUGGCGGGAAAGACACUAGAGACACACAUUCAACAGGGGACACUGUUCGUUGUAGACCUAACUGAGAUUUCUCUAAACGAACCAACACUUCUAUCAACAAUGGCUUUGUUUGGGAUAUACAAAGAUGUUUUAAUGCCAGUUGCUGUAUGGAUGAAUAUAAAGGACGUCAAGGAUGGAAAGGUAUACACGCCACGUUUAAAUGGGGACAACACAGAAAUUCGGCAGUGGGUAAAAAUGAGAAUGUGGUUCAAUAUGCUAGAAGGUCAAUAUCAUACUUCAAUCACACACGUAGGCUUUACGCAUUUUUUAAUGGAAGGAGUUAGCAUCUGCAUACAUAGAAAUCUUUCGGACAGACAUCCUAUCUACAAGAUACUUUUGCCUCAUUUUCAAUUUAUGCAUGCUGGUAACAAAUUCACAGUGGAUGAUUUAUUUCCGGUAGGCGCCCACUUCGACAAAGGCACUUACAUUGGGCGUGUCACAAUGUUAAGACUCAUAUCAAAACACAAUGAAAACUGGGCGUAUAGUACACAUGCCUCACUUCUCAAAGGAUUAGAGACCAGGGGAGUUAAGACGAUACCGGGAUACUUCUUUAAAGAUGACGCUUUGCUUUUGCAUAAAGCAAUACAUCAGUUUGUGUAUGAAUAUGCAGCACACUACUAUGGCAAUGACGAUGUUAAUGUUCAACAAGACAAUGAGAUUCAAUCAUUUAGACAGGAAUUAUUAUUACCAAGAAAAACAAAUGGGACUGGAGGAUGUGGGAUGAAUGGUAUUCCGGAAUUUACAAGCAUCGAAAACCUCGUCGAGGUUUUGACAAAUAUCAUUUACAUAUGUAGUGUAGAACACUCCGUGUCCAAUUUCCCUGCAUAUGACCAUUAUGCCUUUCCCCCAAACAUGCCGGACAUUUUGCAUGGACAACCCGAGGACGAAAUGAAUGAUCUUGAUGAAGCAAUGCCCACAGGAAAAGAAAUAUUUUAUACAAUUGGUUCAAAACGGACCAGUAGUCAAGUACUCACAAGCAGUUUAGGAAAUUAUGACGAUCGUUAUCUAAAGACAAUGGAUAACGAUGGAAAGGCUUUUGUUGAAAAGUUUCAGCAAAAUUUAUUAGGUGUCACAGAGCAGAUAAAUCAGAGAAAUAACGAUAUUACUGCUGGCAACAAUGGAAAGGAAAUCAAAGAAUACCCUUUUGAAUGGCUUCUUCCAGAGAAUGUUCUUAAUUCUAUAAACGUUUAGGUGCCGGAAAGGGGUUCAAUGACCCAUAUUAACCUUUUUGAAGUUUAUAAAUUCCCUUGUAACCAGUUACUAACUCUAAGUGUUUGUUUUCCGAUUCAAUUUUAAUCUUGUUUUUGCUUAAACAAUACCGACCUGCAAACAAUGGAUAUCCUAUUUUGUUUAACGACGAAGGAAAGUCAUGAAAAUUUUAUUUUUGAGCCAAAAAAGUGGUUUAAUGAUUACAGUUAGACAUACAGCAAAACUCGGUUAUAGCGAAUUCCUGGGGUCCAAUGAAAUUGCUUCGUUAUAUAGCGAAUUCGUAAUAUUAUCUAUAGCGAAUUCACUAUAUACAUGUUUUCUUUCACCAGACUAUAAAUUUCGCUAAAUGAGGCUUAAAAUAAAAAUGCAUUACUCUGAUACCUUUUAUAAUCGAAUUAUGACUUGAAAAAAAUCCUAUGAAAAUAAAUUCUUUCAAACUCUUUUUAAUUUGGUAGUGCUUACUUUUUUAAACUAUAAAGAAAUUCGUUAUAAAGGUGUUAAAUUUCGUUAUAUUUCAUCUCUACGGGACUCAAAACAGUUCGCUAUAUCCGUAAAUUCGUUAUAUCCAAAUUCGUUAUAACCGUAAAAUUUUGCAAAGAGUUGUUAAAAUUUUUACCGGGGAUUUCAAAAAGUUCGCUACAUCCGAAAAUUUGCUACAUCCGUGUUCGUACUAAACGAGUUUUACUGUACUGAUUUGAAGAUAAACUAAAUAAUUAAGCUUUAGUGCACAUUUGCAGUUGGAGAAAUCGAAUUCCCUGUAAUUUAUUAGAGGCUGAAGUGAUAUAGAAUUAUUUGUAUUGAAAACUGAAAAUUCGAAUAUUUUGACAUAUAUUCAAUUAAUCAACUGAACUUUUAUCAUGUUUAUGCACACAUUUUAAUCUAAAGAAUAGAAAAUUUAUAAAACAUAAAUCUUUAUUUAAUAAAAGUUGCUAUUCUGUUAAUAACAAUUCAUUGAUACUCGUUUUCAUAUGUUGAUGAUUUUAGAACCAGUUUGAAGAGAGGAAUAACACGAUGCUGAUAAUUUUAAAACUAACAACUAGCAAAGAUCUAAUUCCUCACAUUUGGUUUCAAUAUGUUAUGUCGAAAAAUGACCCCCUUAAAUCUUUAACCAAGAGAAAAUUUAUCGCAAAUACUGAGGAAGUAGUUAACUAAUUUAACCAAAAAUUUCAAUUUUUGCAUUACUGUCUUAAGACCCGACAAGGCUGAAAGCGCUAACAGUAAGCCAUUUAUUUAAUUUGAACCGUUGCAUCCUUUUUAAAGUAGUUUUUGUUAUAGCAAGACAUUAUUUAUCAACGUAUCGGUUAAAAAUAUUUCUUAUUAAUGAUAGUGUAAACCUUCAGAUUUUGAAUAAAUGUAUACGACAUGACUAAAUAAAUAUUUGAUAUUUUAAUGUUU